GAUGCUUCAAAGAGGUGGUAUAGUUCACAAUAUUUAUUUCUUUUCUAACUACCACAUUUACAAUGGCAACUAUUCCUUCCCAUGCUAUAAAUAAAUAACAUUACUUUUUCUUUCACUCUUCCAUUGCAUGUGUCACACUUCUAAAUUCCAACUAAAGUUUUUGGUGACAAAUUAAGGAGAAUGAAGAAUUUUUCAGUUAAGGUUGAAGAAGGAAGGGAAGGUAGAAAUGGCAUGCUAUCUAUUGGUCCUGUUUACCGUAAUCUUCUAGCCAAAAAUCAAUACCCUCCAUUGGACCCUGAUUUCACUUCUGCUUGGGAUAUUUUCAGUAUGUCUGUCAAAAAACAUCCUCAAAAUCGCAUGCUCGGAUGGCGUAAAAUUGUUGAUGGAAAGUUAGGACCAUAUGUUUGGAAGACAUACAAGGAAGCUUAUGAGGAAGCUUUGGAAAUUGCUUCUGCUUUAAGAGCAUGUGGGGCUGAAUCUGGCUCUAAAAUUGGAAUUUAUGGAUCUAACUGUCCACAAUGGAUUAUUGCAAUGGAGGCUUGUUCUGCACAAAACCUUAUUUGUGUGCCUCUAUAUGACACCCUUGGGCCUGGUGCUGUAAAUUUUAUAAUAGAUCAUGCAGAAAUAGACUUUGUUUUUGUUCAAGAUAAGAAGGUUAAAGAGCUUCUGAAUCCUGAAUGUGUAUCAUCUAAGAGACUGAAAGCCAUAGUGAGCUUCACUUCAUUCACUGAGAAAGAGAAAAAUGAGGCCACAAACAUUGGAAUUCAACCAUAUUCAUGGGAUGAAUUCGUGCAUAUGGGUAAAGAAAAUCCGUCAAGUAUUUCUCCUCCUAAGACUCAUGAUAUAUGCACAAUAAUGUAUACAAGUGGAACAAGUGGAGAUCCUAAAGGUGUUGUUUUAACGCAUGAAAAUGUACUGGCUUUAGUAAGAGGAAUGGAUCUUUUCAUGGAACAAUUUGAGGACAAGAUGACUGUGGAUGAUGUGUAUUUAUCCUUCCUCCCUUUAGCUCAUAUUCUUGAUCGAUGUAUCGAAGAAUACUUUUUUCGUAAUGGUGCAUCUGUUGGCUACUAUCAUGGGGAUUUGAACGCAUUGCUGGAGGAUUUAGGCGAGUUAAAGCCAACACUGUUUGCUGGUGUUCCGCGGGUUUUUGAAAAAGUAUAUGAAGGUAUCAAGAAAGCGGUGGCGCAACUAAAUCCAGUGAGGAGAACCGUUUUUGGCAUGCUCUACAACUAUAAACUUGGUUGGAUGAACAAAGGGUACAAACAGAAAGAUGCAUCACCUUUUGCUGAUCUACUAGCAUUCAGAAAGGUGAAAGCAAGGCUAGGUGGACGUGUUAGACUGAUAAUAUCUGGAGGUGCAGCCUUAAGCUCUGAGAUUGAAGAAUUCUUGCGUGUUACUACUUGUGCCUUUGUAUGCCAAGGCUAUGGUUUGACAGAAACAUGUGGACCUACUACUCUUACAUUUCCUGAUGAAAUGUGCAUGCUAGGCACUGUUGGAGCUGUAUCUCUAUACAAUGAAUUGAUGUUGGAGGAGGUUCCAGACAUGGGUUACAAUCCUUUAGGAACUCCUCCAUGUGGUGAAAUAUGUAUAAGAGGGAAAACUGUUUUCACUGGUUACCAUAAAAAUCCUGAGUUAACAAAAGAAGCCAUAAAAGAUGGUUGGUUUCACACAGGAGACAUAGGAGAAAUGCUUCCUAAUGGUAUUAUUAAGAUUAUUGAUAGGAAAAAGAAUCUUAUUAAACUUUCUCAAGGAGAGUAUAUAGCACUUGAGUAUCUUGAAAAUGUUUAUACAAUCACUCCAAUAGUUGAAGAUAUUUGGGUGUAUGGAAAUAGCUUCAAAUCAAUGCUGAUUGCAGUUGUAGUUCCAAAUGAAGAUUUUACUAAUAAGUGGGCUUAUGCAAAUGGUCACAUAUCUUCUUUCUCGAAACUCUGUUCUCUUGACCAAUUGAAGAAAUAUGUGUUAUCUGAGCUCAAAUCUACGGCCGUGAGAAACAAGUUGAAGGGAUUUGAACAUAUCAAAGGGGUUAUAUUAGACCCGGUUCCAUUUGACAUGGAAAGAGACUUGGUGACUGCAACAUUAAAAAAGAAAAGGAACAACAUGGCCAAGUAUUAUAAGGCGGAGAUAGAUGAGCUAUACCAAAGUUUGACGGGAGAUAAGCUUAAAUUUUGAAGUGUUUCUAUAAAUGGAUAUGCAUGUUUAAUAGUCCUUUGUAAUAGUGGCUAGGGCUAUAGUUUGUUGUGUGGUGUGAUGUACCCAAAGUUGCUAAAGUAUUGUACCUAAUGUGUGUGGUUUGAAGAAAGCCUACGUUUGAUUAAAUAAUUUGUUGAAAAGUUUAUAUGCAUGAGAUGAGAUUUGCUCAAGCA